GGAGGGAAUAAAAUAAGAGCAACGCCGGCAUGGCGGCAGCUUGCAUCGUAGAAAGGUGUACUGGGAAUCUCGCAGACGCAAACCUGCGCUCUGCCGGGGUCGUGAAAGCUCUAAAUUAUCGGCGGAACGAUUCAAACUCGAGGGCUUGAGCAACGCACGCAGAAGGAGCGCAAGCAGACGACGCUUUCUGGCGGAACACGUGUGCAUCUUCUGCGAACUGCUCUCUCUCGGAGUGAAAACAAUACGGACCUCGUGGAGCGAGAGAAUGGUGCGGCUGCCCUGGUGAUAACCCCUGUCAAGUGCUUCGAGGGACUUGGGGAGGAUGGAAGACAAGAUACCCCUGCCCCACUGGAAGAAGGCCCUGAAGCCUGUUCUAGCGACGGUUACGCCACUAGUACUCCUUCCAAUUCCACUCGCCGUAGGAACAGAAGCCUCGUGGGUCGGCUUCCUGGUCCUAUGGAUGUGCGUCUUCUAUGUCGUCGAACCUGUUCCCCUGUCCGUGACGUCAAUGCUACCCAUAGCGGUGCUUCCAUUAAUAGGCACAUUAUCGACGGAGGAAGUUGCAUCCUUCUACCUUAACAACACGGGUUUAUUGUUCAUGGCCUCUCUGAUGAUCGCCGCUGCCAUCGAGUCGAGUAAUCUCCACGAGAGAAUCGCCUUCAAGGUGCUGCUCGUCAUCGGCCACAGUGAGGCCAGUGUCAUGCUCGGGGUCAUGUGCAUCACUGUCUUCAUGUCCAUGUGGAUGCCCAACACAGCCAUCGCCACCAUAAUGGGGCCCAUAGUGAUCACCCUGAGUGCAAAGAUGGCGCUGCCUUCUUAUCACCAAGUGCCAUCCAUUGAAUGUGUGAAAAUCAACGGAGACGCCAUGGGUGACGGUCUCGAUAGGCCGUUGGAAGCUGACGAGAGCCGCUUGCUAAAGAAGAAUCACAACAUGCUCAAGAAACUGAUGCUGCUUUCCGUCGCUUAUUCAUCCAACAUUGGAGGGACGGGAACAAUCAUCGGAUCUUCAACCAACAUACUCUUCAAAGGAAUCCUCGACGAAUUAUUUCCACAUUCUACAGAACUCACCACAGCGACGUGGAUGCUCUACAACGUGCCGCCGAUGAUUGUUUGUACGGUAUUCGGCUGGGUGUAUCUUCGAUUAGUGAUUAAGUACAAAAGGAGGAAGUACAGCGACUCGUUGAACACCAGAAGUGACAUUCGCGCCGACAUUCGGCCUCAGUACGACAAGCUGGGCCGAGUCAGCUUUGCCGAGGUCUGCGUGUUAACCAUCUUGACGGCCUUGAUCCUAUUGCUGUUCCUCUUCAAGCCUCAGUUCAUGACAGGGUGGGGCGAUCUCCUUCCCCAUGGCAGGAAAAUGAAGUCUUCCAGUCCGGCCUUGGCUUUGUGCUUCCUGCUUUUCGUCCUUCCUAAGGACCCAAAAAAUAUGCAUUCGAGUGAGCCACUGGUGUCUUUCAAGGAGUUCUCCUCCAGGAUGCCCUGGGGUCUUGUCUUCCUCUUCGGCGGAUGUUUGUCUGUCGCCGAAGCAUCUAAGAGCUCUGGCCUCUCUGCCAUCAUAAUCGAUACUCUUAACGGUAUACGGGACCUGCCUUCUAGUCUGGUACUGGUGCUUCUCUGCUUUGCAGGCUGUGGCCUCUCAGAGAUUGUCAGCACGUACGUCGUUACGGGCAUAUUUACUCCGAUCAUCAGUGAACUGGCUGUAGCUACCAGGGUACAUCCGUUGUACUACUUGAUGCCGGUGAAGGCAUGCUGCCUAUUUGCCUUCAUGCUGCCAAUCGCUACUGGCGGGAACGCCAUCAUCUCGGACAUGGGCAAACUACGUACCCUUGACAUGAUGAAACUGGGCCUCGCCAUGAACAUUUGCUGUGUCCUGAUACACGUGGCUUCCGUGAACACUCUGGGCGGCGUCGUGUUUGAUCUACAUACUUUCCCGUCGUGGGCAACGAAGGACUUCGGCCUUCCGUCUUCGCUUUUGAACGGCACUUUAGUCAACGCUACUGUAGCUACAACAUUGCCUACAGCUGACUUUUACGGCUUGCUUAAAAUUACGCUCUCUGUGAUGGACAGUAGAGCAACAGCACUUGCCAGCAGCGCAAAAGACCGUGGAGCGAUCGCUUUCAGGACUCAAAUGCACACUGCCUCCUCAUGGGUCUGCAUCAGGGUUGCGGAGUUGCUACCCAGCACGGUUACCGGUCCCUUUUCUUUUAUUGAUGGAAUUAAAGGAAUGGAAUGGGAUUGCCAAGCCAUUCCAGCGGCAGGAAUUGGCCGUACCUCUUCAUUCGGAGGAAUUGAAAGGAAUGGAAUUAUCACAAAUCUCCAUUCCUCGGAAUGGGAUUGGAAUGGAAUGGGUGAUCCCAUUCCGCAACCCUGGUCUGCAUAUGGCAUCCGACACUCUGGAUUCCUAUAUGUCGGUGUCGAGCCAGUGGCAAAACCGCGGGAGCUGGGACAGUGUUCCAACUUUACCGUUAACAAAAUGUGCGGGAAGCUGACAGAGGUCAAAACCGGCGUAGCGUCACGUCUCGACGCCGUGCUACAAAAAUACGAACAGGGUACUCUCCCUCGAAAGUAUUAUCCUGUCAUCAUGGUUGCCUAUGCGCUGUCUUUCCUGCGGAAGUUGUGGAGGCCGUUGUUCCUCGUGGGCGUGCCUUUCUGUCUUCUGCCAUUGCCACUGGCCCUCGGCACACAGGAGGCAUGGUGCGCUUUCGUAAUGAUGUGGAUGGCCUUGUACUGGAUGACGGAAGCACUUCCAUUACCCGUCACAUCGUUCAUGCCCGUUUUACUAUUCCCCCUUAUGGGAAUUUUGUCAUCUGAAGAGACCGCAAAGGCCUACCUAAAUGACAUCGGCAUCAUGAUAAUCUGUACAUUAAUCAUAGCUGGAGCAGUGGAAACCAGCAAUCUUCACAAGAGAAUCGCUCUCAAGUCUUUACUAGUGAUCGGCACGAGCAACCUCAAGUUACUUCUCGGGUUUAUGCUCGUGACCAUGUUCCUAUCCAUGUGGAUUCCGAACACAGCUUCCACGUCAAUCAUGGCGCCAAUCGCCAUGGCUGUCGUAGAUCAAAUGCAGGCGACGAACGUGAAUGAAGAGAUCGAAAACGGAAAACUAGACGUCGUCUCGAUGGACGUCAUAGGUGGUCACGAUGAAAGCGGGAAAGAAAACCAGGAUCCACCGAAAGCUGCGAUACAGAUCCGCAAAAGGGAGUCGUCAGAAAGUGGACAGGAUAAACUGCGCAAAAUGAUGCUUCUAUCGGUAGCAUACGCAGCCAACAUCGGUGGAACAGGAUCUCUCAUUGGAACCGGGCCAAAUUUGGUACUGAAAGGUGUAAUAGAAAUGCGUUUUCCAGAAUGUGACCUCGUUACAUUUGCCUCGUGGAUGCUCUACAAUGUUCCCCCCAUGUUAGCCUGCGUCCUUCUGGCGUGGCUCUACCUCCAAUGGUUCGUCAAGAAAGCAAUGAAGGACUCGCGGCGCCCUGCAUCGGAAGACAGUGUUCGAGAAGAAAUUAAGAGACGGUACAACGAAUUGGGUACCAUGAGUUUUGCAGAGACCGUUGUGGUUACACUAAUGGUGAUCAUGGUGGCGCUAUGGUUCACCAUGCGGCCUCGGUUCUUUCCCGGUUGGGCUGACGCCCUUCCGCAUGGGCAUAAAAUCAAAGGCACGGUUCCGGCGAUGGCGGUGGCCCUCGUACUGUUCGUGAUCCCCAGGGACCCGCGCAACCUCGCAACCAGCCCACCGAUCAUGACGUGGGAAACAGCGAGCGCCAAGGCCCAGUGGGGCGUCAUGAUCCUCAUUGGAGGAGGUUUAGCGCUCGCUGCGGCUUCGGAGAAAUCUGGCCUCUCAAGACUCCUGGCUGAGAAGCUGAUGGUGAUGCAGGCGUUGCCAAACGCGCUGACGAUGAGUCUGCUCUGCACCGCAGCGUCAUUCCUUACCGAGAUUACCAGUAAUACGGCAGUUAUAUCCAUUAUGCUGCCUGUCGUCUGCAGUAUGGCUUUGGCACUACGCGUCCACCCGUUAUAUUUCGCAAUGCCAGUGACGAUUGCCUGCUCCUUCUCCUUCAUGCUUCCUGCUGCAACGCCUCCCAACGCUAUCGUCUUCGGACUCGGAAACAUGAGGAUACCGGACAUGGCAAAGCCAGGAUUCGCUAUGAACAUAAUUUGUGUCCUCGUCGAGGUCGCAGCCAUUCAUAUGCUGGGAAUUCCUAUCUUCGGCCUCAGUUCUUUCCCUUCUUGGGCCGAGUCUGACCACAACAUCACCGUCCCGACAACUUCACCGGAACAUUUUUCAGUGCCUGCACUCUACUCAGCGAACAAUUUCACUCUUGUAUGAGUGGUGUAAUAUAGCCAGUUAUAUACGAAGCCUAAUGCUUGAGGGCA